UAUUGGCCCUCUCAAUGGGAGCGGCCAUUCAGAGGCCUGGCUAGCAUGAGCGAUCAUUGCAGCGGCUGUCACCGCCCUAUAUCUAUAUAAGGCAAGACCUCUCCGUUGCUUCUUUGGGUAGCCCUGCUCACUAAAUAAUUUGGAGGGGACUUGCUAAUCAUAGUGUGUCUUCUGCAAGCUCAGGAAAGAUUUGAGGUUCCUCCCCAUUAUUUGCAUCCAUCCAGACAAUAUGGACGACUCGGCCCUGUUCAUGGAAUGGGCAAUGGACACGUUGGAGCAGGAGCACCCGGACCCAGUGGUGGUCGUCAACGGCGAGGCAGCAUUCCCCUCGCUUCAGGCACUCCGUGAACAGCGUCUUGUCUUCGAAGAGCUGAUUACGGGAGCCAAUCCGGCAAGCAGCGGGAGCUCCGGCGAAACAACCGACGGCAGCGGGGGCAAUUUCUCGUCCCCAGCGGCCAUGGAGCACGGCAUCUGGCCCCCGUCCCCGAACUCGGCCAGGUGCGCUCCAAGACUUUCCAGGAACGGUGGAGGCACCAACCUUCCGGUCACAAGCUGGAAUUUCUGCGCCGCUUCCGCGCUGCCGGCCAGUGACGGCACACUGGACAGCGGCAGCGCCGGGUCUGUCGUCCCGGAAAUGGUGUACGGGUCCCAGCCGACGAGGAGGUCCGCCGCAAGGAGCCCCACCGGUACCGGACCCGUGUCGUCGGGGCCGCCGUACGCGCAGGACCAUAUCAUGGCGGAGCGCAAGCGCCGCGAGAAGAUUAACCAGCGCUUCAUCGAGCUCUCUACCAUCAUCCCCGGCCUCAAGAAGAUGGACAAGGCGACGAUCCUUUCCGACACGACGAGGCACGUCAAGGAGCUGCAGGAGAAGAUCAAGGCCCUCGAGGCAGCCACCGGGUGCCGCAACGCCGUGGUGCUCGUCAAGAAGCCGCGCCACGCCGACGCCGCCGUUUCAGACCAGAGCCAGAACGGUUCGUCCUCGUCGGCGUCGUCGGGGGCGCCUUCUGCGGGGAAUAACCCGCUGCCGGAGAUCGAGGUGCGGUUCUUGGAGACCGGCGUGAUGGUGAGGGUCCUCUGCCACGACGUCAAGGGGGUGGUGGUGAGGGUGCUGUCGGAGGUGGAAGAGGGGCUCCACCUCACCGUCACCCACGCCAAUGUCAUGCCGUUCACGGCCUGCACUGUCAUCAUAACCAUCACGGCCAAGGCAGGUUUUCCUUUCUUGCAGAUUUCACAUUUCAGGUUUUCCUAUCAACCGAAUAUAUAUGAUAUUAUUAUAAGAUGUUUUGGAUAUUUCAAUAUGGACUAUAUACAAACUGAAAUGAGUGAGCAAACACACUAAAACGCGUUUAUAUACAUUUGAAUUAGAAAAAAGGUUAGAACAUCUAGUUAACAUACGGAGGGAGUAUACUUCCAUUGAUAAUCACCGAUUGUUACACUCGCUUCAUAAUGAGGUAUUCUCAAUAUAGUAAUUACAAUUAUUUUGAAUACAGUUGCAGGGCAUGAAAUUUCUACACUCGCUUCUACAUGUAUCUCAACAUGUGGACAUCAGACGGCUUAGAGCAUCGACUUAGAAAUAGGACAAUCUCAAAUGACUUAGAUUUAGCUAAACCUAAAUGAUUAGCAACUUGGGCCAUCUGAAAGGCAUUCAUGUCUCGAAGACAAUGUGAUUUCAAUGCCAGAAAGUUUUGUUUUAAACUGGGCUGUUUACACUAAAACCUAUAUUCAUUGUUUUAAACUGGCUAGUUGGAACCAUUCAACAAAAUACAAAAUUGGCCCCGGCAAAAAUUAAAAAUUGAAUAUCAUACCGUCAUAGUUGUACUAUGAUGGCAUUAACUAAUGUUCCGUACAAAAUACAUAAUCUAUCCCGCAUUAUGAGGAAGCUUCAUAGUUUGCAAGACAUGGUCAACGUGCAUAGAAAAUUCCACAAGCAUACUAUCGUAGAUCCUAUUCCUACAUAUAUAUUUGAUGACGAGUAAAACUACAUUUACAGGGAAUUUCUUAUGGACUUUACGGACGAGCGGAUAUGGUGAGAUUUGGUUGGAGAAUUUAAUAUUGGGGGUGGGGGGGAGCGUAUUUAAUAUUGAGUUUGGAAGGAUCCGUAGAAUGUGUGUAAGGCUGGUCAUAGUAGAGAGUAACAUAUACUAGUAUCAUGCAUAUGAUACUAGUGUAUAAUACUACAUUCAUAGUGCAUAGUAUCAUAAAGUAGUACUCCCUCCGUCCGGAAUUACUUGUCGAAGAAAUCGAUAAAAAUGGAUGUAUCUAGAACUAACAUAUGUCUAGAUACAUCCAUUUCUUUGACAAGUAUUUCCGGACGAGGGAGUAUCAUAGAUGGUCUCAUUUAUUGUUAUGCAUGACACAUAGCAACAUAACAUUUAUUAUGAUACGGUAUCUACCUAUGUUACUAUGACCCUCUUUUCUUUUUAAUUGCCUGCCAUGUAAGCAUGUUUGCGAGUCUCAAAUACAUGAUGCUAGUUAUGUUAUCCCUACUAUGGCCAACCUAAAUAGUUCAGCACUUAUGUUUGAUGACCAGUUUUAUUGAACAGAAACAUAAUUCUCAAUCUAGCCAAUCAUGCAUGUUCCCCCGGGGAAAAAAGCUAAUAAUGUUUGCUCAUAAGUAUUAUAUUCAUCUGAACGAAGUAGGGAAUACAAUGCUGGUCAAUAGCUAGUUCGCAUUUUGUUUUCAGGUGGAUGAGGGCUUCACCGUCACAGCAGAGGAGAUCGUAGGAAGACUCAACUAUGUGUUGGAAUUGUAUAGCAGCUGCACUUCUACCGAAGAAAACUGAAACAAGAAAAUAUUACAUGUCAUAUGUAUAGUACGGAACAUAUUAUCCUGUAUAAUUAUAUUUGGAAGUGGUGAGAGGGAGUGCAUGCAGGCAUGCAUGUUUCCGACGAGAAUGUCUAGCCGAACAAUACAUUCGCAUGCUUCUGUUGGUGCAACGACAGCAACGGCAAAAGCUUGUUGAAAGAUCAAGCCAAGUGGAUGAUUCCAAACGAAAAUGACUGGCGUCUGGCUGCACGCAAACUGUGGAUAUUGCUGUCUGAAUAUUCUGGUAAUAAUAUCCAUUCAUCACCCGUGUACUAUAUAUGUACACACUACAAGGAAUCCUAGUUUUCCGGUCAGUCCACAGAGUUGGUUUUGAGCGAGAAAUUCAGCCAACACAAAUAAU